UCACCUUCGUCAAUCUCGACGUGAUAAAGUUGGAACUCCCGUAUUAUAGCAGCGAUACGUUGCUUAUCAGCGCGAUAAAUUUGGGGGAUCCCUCGUUCAACUUAUCGUGGCGAUUAUACAGCGUGGCCCCGACAACCAUCUUUUAGCGUUUAAAAAAUUUCGAUUGCGUUUUCGUCUGUUUCGAUUUCGCCUUAAUAGCUACAAAUUCCCAAUCCUGUGAGCUCCGAAAAGAACCCUAAAACCCCAAAUCCGAUCUCACUGACUCCGAUUGAAGAUGUGUGAAUGUUUAGGUAACGGAAGAGAUUUAAAAUGUCUGAGGAGCGAGGAGAAGGGGUAGGGACGAAGAAGAGAAGGAGUGCCCGGAUAUUGGAAUUGGAGGGAGAGAAGGAGAAGAAGAAGAAGCACAACGACGGCAAGGACCAACAGGAGGACAAACCCCAGCCCAAACCAAAAUCCAAAUUCAAAUCCAUGGUUGAGGCUUCUCAGGAUUCUCAGCAAGAGGACCAGGAGGACGACGAGCAGCAUGAGAACCAUGGAGAGCAUGAGGAGGAGGAGGAGGAGGAGCAAAGGCCAAGUACGACGGAAGCAGCGGCAGACGCACCCGCUGUUGAAGAAGAAAUACUUGAACACGUGGCCGUUACUUUUGUUGCUUCCCCAUUCCAACAGAACAUUGUGGAUGCAGCACAGCCAGGCAAUAUGGACACUCCAUCUGAUCAGCUACUCAGUGACUCGUCCAUGCAUAUGCCCCUUCUUGGGAAGUCAUCAGAGCCAUCAGAGCUUUCAGUGGACACACUAACACCAUCAGAUGCUUGCACUUCAAUCAGAAAGAAAGGGAGAGGACCUGCAAAAGGCUUGAAGUUGGCUAAGAGAGCACACGAAAGCAGGGAUGGAAAGUUGGAUAUUGAGUUCUCUGACAUGUCUGAUUCAGCAGUGGGGCCAAAUCAGCGAAUGUUUGUGGAUGAAGUGGUCCAACAGAUGAGGAUUCAUGCACCACUUAACGUUAAGAAGUGGGCGGAUGUACCGCAGGAGGCAAAGGAUAAUAUUGUGUCAGCUGUGUUGUGCAGGUGGAGAAUCCAGGACACACCCUUGCGAAGAGCCAGUAUAUUAAAGUUAGCAAAUCGGAGAUACCGGGGUUGGCGAGCAAAACUCUCCAAGGACUUUAGUAAGUAUGAUAAUGAUGAAGAUCGCAGACAGAAUCGGCCCAAGGAGGUCACAGAGCAGCAAUGGGAGACUCUUAUUACAUACUUUGGUACUGAUGAAUUUAAGGCUAUUAGUGAUAGAAACAAAGAAAACCGAGCAAAGCAAAAGACAGGUAAAAUCACAGGCAGUAAGUCUUUUGCUGCCGUGAGUUAUGAUGCGCGUGACCCCGUGACUGGUCAGCAGCCUAGUGAAUUCAGGACAUGGGUUCUGUGCCAUCGUCAUCCUGAUGGCACAUGGAGUGACGAAACUGCACGACAGAUUUAUGAACAAGUUUCUGACUUAAUUUGUCAGCGGUCACAGCAAGAGGGGGUGCCACUCUCGCCACCAACUGAGGAUGAAUUGUUUCUGUCAGUGAUUGGUUCCAGACCAGGCUACCUACGAGGCCAGAAGCGUGGGUCUAAUCAGGCACUGAAACAGGUGACUGUUGAUGUUCAAAAGGAGCGUGAUGCACUUGAAGAGAAGCUUGGUGAGAUGAAGCAGAAGUUGCAGGAGGAAAGUGCUGCACGGACCGUGAUACAGGCACAACUACAGGCAGAAAGUGCAGCACGUGCUGAGAUGGAGGCACGACUGCAGGCAGAGAGUGCUGCACGGACUGCAAUGGAGGCACGACUACGGGCUGAGUUUAUGGUUGCCCUUGAUGGCCUACGAUCUCAAACCUCUUCUAGCAGUAAGCAGCAUCAGCAGUGAAGAAAAAGAGCUACUGUGUCAAGUUCUACUCCCGGAGGGAUUUCUCUUUGCUUCAUCUGAAUUUGGACUUUGUGGAAGUGAAACCCUUUCCCUUCCCCCCUCUUUCGGCGCAAGGCAGAUAGUGAUUUCCCUACUGAUGCUAUUUCCUGGUAGUCCAAUCAUUGAUGUAAGCCUCCCUGACAUAACAUUCAGCCACUUCAUGUGUAGGCUUCUGGCUGAAGUUCAUUAAUGCAGUAUAAAUCGAGUGAACUUUGAGCAGAUCCGAAGUUUAUCAUUGCGGUCCUCUGGUUAUGGAUGAAAUCCGCGCUUGGUUGGUUGCGGGCUAGCUGAGCAUUUAGGAUGGAUCGAAAAGUUUUCAGUGGAAGAAGGCAUGUUAAUCUUGAGGUAGGUCAGUGCCUUGAAAUAGUGUGAUGAACAGGAUACAGCCAGUCGACUGUAUAGUCACAAAUGCAUUAAAAAAAAAAAAAAAAAGAAAGAAAUUGAUCUAUUAAAUGGACUCAAUCUAGUAUCUGGGAUUGUCGCAGUAACAAUUGAGCUAUGUAAUGUAUAUGUGCUUGAGGCAGUUCUGGACCAGCUAGGGUGGAAAUUUGCAAAAAGGCAGUAUUGAUAGAUGUGAUGAACUAAAUUGUUUGAACAAGUUAACACAACCGUGGCAAUGUUCCGAUGCCUCAAUUAACUCUUACUAAAGCAUUGUUGUCUCGGUUCCAC